GUUUUAACAAAGUUUUGAUAUCGAGACACAAAGGACACCAUUGUCCACCAACAGUGGUAAUAAUCCAUAAGUUGUAAUAAAAACGAUACUGUAUACACCUACAGGUGCACAUAUAGAAAACUUUCCAUUUCACAUUGUGCUGCAGAGUGUCAUUGUCUGUUUUGACGUGUUGACAAGUGCUUGUUAUCAAAAUUUUUUGUAAAAAUAACGUAGAGGAAAUGCUGAGGAACAGAGAGAAUUUCGUGGAACUUUGUAAAGGUUUGAAAUUGCCACUUAAUGGUGAAAUUUGCAGUACCACUGAAGUACUUGUGAAACAUAUUUACGAAAAAUAUUUCGAAAAAAGAAUUUCGGAACCCGAUCUGCCACCUUGGCGGGAUCCUACAAACAACUUGUGUAAAUCAUUGCAUAUAUCAUCCAAUCAGACACGUUUUAUAAGACCCAGUGAAAAUGAUGUAUGGAUAUUUGGUUACGGUUCGCUGAUAUGGAAACCCGACUUCCCAUUUAUCGAUCGAAAACGUGGCUUUAUACGUGGCUAUCGCAGACUAUUCUACCAGAAUAGUAUCGAUCAUCGAGGCACAAAAACACGUCCGGGUCGUGUUGUAACACUAUUACCCACAGUUAGUUUGGAAAGUCGCGUUUAUGGCAUAGCUUAUCGUAUUUCAGAAGAGCAUCGUGAUGAAGUUUUAGCCCAUUUGGAUUAUCGCGAAAAGAAUGGUUAUGAACGUUGCGAUCUACAAUUCUUUGAAUUUCCUACGGAAUUAGAAAAUCAAUUCGGUAUAACAAUGUAUAUAGCGACACCGGAUAAUUCCUCGUAUGCCGGAAACAUAUGGCAAAUACCAGUGAUAGCGCAACAAAUAUUCACAGCCGCCGGUCCAAGUGGGCCGAAUCGUGAAUACCUCUUCAAUUUGGCGAACGCGAUGCGUGAACUAUUUCCAGGUGAAAAAGAUCGUCAUUUAUUUGAAUUGGAAACGGAAGUGAAACAACUAAUCGAAGAUUAUGAGCCGAAAUUGUUGGAGAAGGCUUUGAAGAAUGAAAUCACAGAAAUCAUUGAGACGGGCAAUACGGACGGUGAUGUGCGUGAGACUGUACGAGAUGUGGAACAGUUGUAUCAAGUUUGCACACAACCAGGUUGGCGCGAAGAUUUAUUGGUUAAGGAAUUGGAUGCCCUUAAGGAGCUGCUAGAUUCACUUCAAUCCAAAAGAAGUAUUAGCAUACAAAUUGAAGAUGUUUCGGACACAGACUCUUAAACAAAAUUCAAUUUUUUAAAUAUGUGAUAUAUGAGUAUAAAAAAAUUUGAAAUAUAGUUAUGCAUGUACAUAUUAAUUUUAAAUAAAAAAUAACAAAUUGAGUAUUGAAAAACGAAA